AUGAUAGUGGAUUGCCAGUACCCUGACUGCUACCACCUGUCUGCCCCCACAUUUGAGAAGGUAAGCACAGACACUUCCAGUUCAAGAAAGCCAGAUCCAAAAGGUCGGAGUGCGCUGCUGGCUGACAUCCAGCAAGGAACUCGCCUGCGGAAGGUGACGCAGAUCAAUGAUCGCAGCGCCCCACAGAUUGAGGGUUCUAAAGGGACCAGCAAAGAAGGAGGAGGUUCUGCAAACUCCCGAGCUGUGAACACACCCCCAGCCCUAGGAGACCUGUUUGCUGGUGGCUUUCCUGUGUUGCGACCAGCAGGCCAGAGGGAUGCAGCAGGUACCAAGUCAGGGCAGGCCCCUGGCUCCCGAGCACCGUCUCCCAGGCUUCCCACCAAAGCCAUCAUUGGCCCUGUUAACCCCCCUGCAUCGCCCAGGCUAGGCAAUGCCUCUGAGACGCAUGGCGCUGCCAGGACAGUCCUUCCCCGCCCCAGCGUGCCCGCCCCUCCUCCCCCGACCCCGCCCGCACCUCCACCCUUGCCCCUGUCCUCCCCGGUCAAAGCUGCGCUGGUGUCCCCUCCUGGCCCGCCGACCAAAGGGACCCUCCCGGUGCUUGCGCCUCCUGUUCCCUGCGCGCCUCCACCGCCACUUCCCCCAACCCCACCCCCACUGCCAUCGGCCUCGGUUCUGGGUGACAAGGCGGCGAAGCCUCCCCUAGCCCCCUUGCACCUCCCGCCCAUUCCGCCCCCGCUCCCUCUCCUCCCACCCUGUGGGUAUCCUGGGCUGAGCACGGAGCCCGCCAGCCCAGCCCAAGACUCGCAGGAGUCGCCCGCCCCGCCGCCCCCGCCGCCCCCGCCGCCCCCCUAUACCUGCUCCCCGAGGGCCGCGGCGCCCGCGCCGCCCCUGCCAGGACCUAAUGGCAGCAGUGAAGUCCCACCUCCACUGCCCCCCAAGUCCCCCAGCUUCCAGGCCCAGCCGCAGAAGGCCUUGCCCGCGCCGCCGGCGCCCCCGGGGUCCCAGGUGUUCGUGCAGAAGAAGCGACCAGGCCGAGGCCCAGGGACCAGUGGGGGAAAGCUAAAUCCACCCCCUGCACCUCCUGCAAGAUCACCCACCACAGAGCUUUCAAGCAAGAGCCAGCAGGCCCUCAUCUGGACCCCAGCACAGCAGCCUGGAGGUCAACUACGAAAUGGAAGCCUGCACAUCCUGGAUGACUUUGAGUCCAAAUUCACGUUCCAUUCUGUGGAAGACUUCCCCCCUCCAGAUGAGUAUAAACCAUGCCAGAAGAUUUACCCCAGCAAGAUCCCCAGAAGCCGUACACCUGGUCCCUGGCUCCCGGCCGAGGCAGCCACACAGAGCUCUGAUGACAUCAAAGGCAGAAAUUCUCAGCUGUCUCUGAAGACUCUCCGGUGA